CAGUGUACUCAGUGUGCAUGUUUUGACGUAUUGAUUUUUUGUGAUAUUCGCGACUGCAGAGAAAUCUCUGUUCUAUUAAAAAGCAAUGAGGUAAUCGCCCCCAAAACAAAUUAAAUCAGUAAUUGAAGAGUCCAAGAAGCGCAAAUCAGUGAAAAAUCGGGCUUUCCGGGGGUGCAAGUGAAGAAAAAAGUCAAGUGAAAAAUGCCCAGUACACUUCUCUUUGCCACAAAUAAUGAGGGCAGGGUGUACGCCCUGUCGACGGGAAAUGCAGCCUGGAGGGAGUUUCUGUACCUGGGCUUGGAGUUCAAGAAGGUCUCAGCUGUGCCCCACUUCAUGUGGUCAAUUGGGGGCGACAGGCAGGUGUAUGUGCACGUUCAUGGCCUGGAUAUUCCCAUUCGCAUGAAGGAGGAAGCUUAUGAGAACGAAAGGUGGCUCCCGCUUGAGGGUUUUAGCAAUCGUCUCUUGCCCACGGAUCGGUACAAUUUCUCCAAUGUCGAUGGCACGGUCAAUCGAGCGAUUGACAGGAUUAGGCUGCCGUCAAUGGCAUGGCAGUGGGAGGGAGACUGGCAUCUGGAUUGCUCUCUCGAUGGCCAGCCUCUCGAUCACGAUGCCUGGACGUAUGCUAUUGACUUCCCGGCCAAGUUCCAGGUCAAGAAGACCUGGAACUCAUGUGUCCGGCGCAGAAAGUGGGUGAGAUUCCGAAGAUACAGCGCUAUGAAUUCCUGGUGCGCUAUUGCUCCAUUGCACAAGGAUCCCACCCAGGAACCCUUCAUCGAUGUAGCCAUUGGAGGCCACAAUAUUCCCGGAGCUGCUCCGGGAACGCUUCUAGUCUGGGCAAUCACAGCUCACGGAAGGGUGAUGUUUCGGUCUGGUGUCAGCACGACGUCUCCCGAAGGUCUCCGCUGGACAGCAAUCACCACUCCAUCGGGAGCAGAAGUGUCCCAAAUAAGCGUGGGAGCCACUGGAUUGGUUUGGGCCAGUCUCUACUGUGGCCGAGCCAUUGUCCGUUCCGGAGUGACCAAAGAUUCGUUCACGGGCGAGAGUUGGCUUGAAGUGAAGCCUCCGGGCAAUGGUCUAAAGAUUGUGCAAGUGUCAGUGGGCACGAAUUCUGUCUGGUGCGUGACAAAUGACAAUCACGUGUGGUUCCGGCGAGGAGUGAAGGGUGAAACGGCGGGAAUUAGUGAGGAUGCAGCUAUUGGAAAUGGCUGGGUGGAGAUGGUGGGGAAUAUCUCGAGUGUCUCAGUGGCUGCGAAUGAUCAAGUGUUUGCGGUGGGAUCUGAAGAUCGGGCCCUGUAUUUCCGGUCCGGGGUGUCCGGAAGUGAUGCCACGGGCAAGAAGUGGCGUCUGAUUCAGUGUCCAAUGCAAUUGAGCAGGACAUCGAGUAUGGCGAGUUUGAGUUCCAGGAGGAGUGGUUCGGGAUCUCCGGGAUCCAAGCAUAGGAGUUUGAGUAGUUUGCUGAGGGGGCAACAUCAGCCGGAGAGUAUGAUACUGAGUGAAGAGAAUGAGGAAACAUCGAGAUCAGCUCCGACGGUAAAUGCUCGGCAUAAACCGGAAUUGUGGCAGAAGCCGGCAGAUUCUCCGCCGAGUGUGGCAGGGAGUUUGAAGUCCGCAAGGGAAGAGGAAGCUCUGCGAGAGCAGAGUCUUCAGGUGGCAGCCAGUGCACCGGUAGCGGAGAUUUUUGAGGUGUCCGGAAAGCACUUUGAGACUCCGCUGAGGAAUCCACGAGCCUGGAGUCCGGUGAGGAGUGUGGGGUCGAUGGUGGGCACAGAAGCUCAUCCGGAGAGUGAUUCUGUGGUCUUUGAUGCGGAAACAUCGAGGGAUUCGGGUGUUUUUGGGGAGGAAGAUGAUCAUGGGGGAUCUCAGUACUGGGCAGAGUGUGAUGUCAUCUGGACAGGAUGCAGUGCAGGAGCUGUAUCUGUAGAUCCUCAGCAACUGCCCAAUUGGUUCAAUGACACCAUCUCGGCCAGCAAUCAGACAGAACUCAAUCAACCCUGGCGUCUGAGGAUUCUCGAGGAUCUCAAGGGGCGUCUGGCGGACGCCGAAGAUCUCGAUCUGGAGAAGUACCAAUUGGCCAUUGAGAUGUCAUCUUGGGUGAAGAGUGGCGAGGCUCGAGUGGCCAAAUCUCAUGGAUCCUUCGAAGAUUGUCUCAUUGAGCUGGAAUGGGUGAAUGCUUCCGGAAGCAAUGGAUUGAAUUCCGGAACUCUGACAAUUCUCAAUCCUGACGGAGUCACCACGAAGAUGCAGUUUCCUCUCUCCGAGAUCACCUGUGUCAUGUGUCAGAGUGAACCUGGAUGCCCUCGAUUGGCCAUCCAUGCUCCAAGACUUCCGCUUGGAUCAGCUCUGAUCAGGCUUCAGUUUUCUGGGGACACAGACAUGGAGGAUUGGCUGUCGCAUCUCACUUCUGUCUGCUGCCAAAUUAACGAAGUCCACGGACGUCCAUCGGACAAUUCUGUGUGGAUUACGACAAAUCUCGGGGAUGUUUUCGUCUUCGAUCCGUCAUCCCUCAAGGCGUUGCAGUUCAAGGAGGAGAAGCAAAUGUAUGUCCAGGAGAUUGAUCUGUCUGCCACGGAGACGCCCUAUCACGUGCCUCUGUCUAAUGGCUUGACACCUGGCACAGAAUUAGAGAUAUUCGGCUGUGUUUAUGACGAUGCAGAUCACAUUAGGUUUGACCUGCAGUGUCAUCCGACUGUGAAGGUGCGGCACAAAGUUGAAUCUCAGCGACAUGUCCUGAUGCAUCUCAAUCCGCGAUUCAAUGAGAAGGAGAUCAUUGUCAACUCAAUGGAAAAUUCUCAGUGGAUGACGGAGAUAAGGGACAGUCGGAUGGUGUUCAGUCAAGGUGGCGAGUUCAAAUUGACCAUCAGGUGUGAGAAAGCCGGGUAUCGAAUAUUCGUGGAUGACCGUGACUUCUUGCUGUUCAAGCAUCGUGGCGCUCCCGAGGCCAUUAGUUCCCUCUUCGUCAGUGGUCGCAUAAAACUCUUCCGUGUCAUCUACCACAGCCUCCAGCCUAUUAUUCCGCUGCGGGAUGUGUUCUGGCGUCAGAUGGGAGGCCAUCAGAGACGCGUGGAAUCCUGCUCGGCGGGUGUUACGUGGGGCAUUGGGUACGAUGGCACGGCAUGGGUGUACACAGGUGGCUGGGGAGGGGCUUUUCUCAAGGGUCUGGAAACUAGCAAUACUGGGAUUCACAGUAUGUCAGAUACGCACAAGUAUUACAUCUAUGAGAAUCAGCGAUGGAACCCUCUGUCGGGGUACACGUCCACGGGAUUGCCGACGGACAGGCAUAUGUGGAGUGAUGCUACGGGGAGGCAUAAGCGCAGCAAGGAGCACACGAAGCUGCUAUCGAUGCAUUGGCAGUGGAUAUCAGAUUGGUUGGUGGACUUUUCGACACCGGGAGGAGUUGACAGGGAAGGAUGGCAGUAUGCUGUGGACUUUCCGGCUAGCUAUCAUGGGAAGAAGCAGUUCACGGAUUACGUGAGGCGAAGGAGGUGGUACAGGAAGUGUCGACUGACGGCUUCUGGGCCGUGGCAUGAGGUGGGAAAUGCAAAGAUUAUGGAUGUUUCACUUCAGCCAUUUGCAGCAGAAGACGAAACAUCUGCAAUUGAUGCGGUUAUUUGUGUUUGGGCUGUAGCUCCGAAUGGGGAUGCCCUCUAUCGUCACGGAGUGUCUCAGUCCAAUCCCGCAGGUAGCUCGUGGGAACAUGUGGCCAGUGAGCAACCACUGGUGUCCAUCACAUGCACUCCCGAGGGCAAAGUCUGGGCAAUUGGACGCAACGGAUCGGCUUUUUAUCGGUUCGGCGUGAGCCGAGAGAAGCCGUUAGGGGAGCAUUGGCAGGUGAUUGAACCGCCUCAGGGAGGUAGCCUGAAGCAAGUGAGAGCCGGGGAGGCUGGAGUCUGGGCCUUGGAUGCCACGGGGAGGUUGUCAGUGAGGCGAGAGAUUACAGCAACCUUCCCGGAAGGAUCUCACUGGCAGACGCUCAAUAACGUGCCCAAUGAUCCGCCUCACACCGAAGGGGCCAAUGUGGGCUUCAAGAGUGUCUCAGUGGGGAGUCAAGUGUGGGCUGUGUCCAACACGGGCUUCGUGUGCAAAAGAUGUGGUAUUACCCAGGAAAAUCCCGCAGGAACUGGAUGGAAUCUUGGAAUUCUCGGAAACUUUCAGCAUAUUUCCGUCAGUGCCAGUGGGCUGGAAUAAAGGCAAAAAAGAGAUCUUUGGAUGCGAAAGUGUGCAAUCAACCUUAUUUAUUUUUAAUGGAUGUCUCAGUGUUUGCAACUAAAUACCAAAAAAAAUAUCCUCAAAUUUUACAAAGAAAAAAAAUUCUCCACAGCCUGAAUUUUUUGACUAUCUUUUUCUUUUUUUGAACUAAAAGACAUUGCUCAUGUGUAUGUAAAUUUUUUUUCUUGUGAAACAAUAAAAAAAAUGCUAUUUAAA